UGCUGCUGCCAGUAUCACUGUGCAAGCUAUUGAUAAUAAAGAUAGCUCUAUAAUGUUGGAAACAUUUUCAUCAUCAAAUUCUAACGGUAUUAAUAUGAAUAAUCAACAGAUGCAAAUUGUUAAUGGUAAUGCAAAAGUUACUCACGAUCAUCUGAAUCAAAGACAAAAAAACGCAUAUCAUCGAAAAAUUGAUCCCGAAAAAGUAGAAUUUCUCGAUGAGCGAUUAAAGGAUAAUAGUUUUCUGGCAAAAGACGGUGCAAUCGGUUCGUAUGGACACAAAGCACACAUUGAUUUCAGCGUAGCGCGUGGAAAAAAUUUUCGCGCGCAAAAGACAAAGAAAAAACGAG